UCCACCCCUCCCCAUGAGAGCUUUUCCUUCUCAACUGCUGUCUCCCACUCUGCUUAGUCACUGCCAAUUAAUCAUAUAUAAAAGCAUCUUUGUCUCCUUCUCCAUCCCUGUUCUUCUCCUCACUCCCUGCUCUUUUCCACUUCCCCUGCAGUGGCACUGCAUGUGUUUCUGCAUGCCCGAGCGAGUCAAUUGAGUGAGCCUUCUUGUCUCGGUUAGCUCUUACUCUCGUUCUUACUCUCUCGCUCACCGUCGGGUCGCCCUCUUUGAGAAGACUCAGAAGCUCCUUCACUUCACAGGAGACAGAGUGUUCCGUCUCUGUUCCAGUUGCUGGAGAUCAUGGAGCUACGUAAUCCCAUUCUUCGCCAUUUCCGCCUUCUGCUGCUCAUUUCAGGGUACUUUUAUGUCUCCCUGACCCUGGUGGCCUCGAUUGGGAUCAACUACGGUCAGAUCGCCAACAACCUCCCUUCCCCGGAAAACGUUGUCCCUCUAGUCAAGUCGAUUGGGGCCACGAAGGUGAAGCUUUACGAUGCGGACCCUCAGGUGCUCCGGGCGUUUGCUAACACUGGUGUGGAGUUCAUCGUGGGGCUUGGGAAUGAGUACCUGGAGAAGAUGCAGGACGCGGACAGUGCCAAGUCCUGGGUGAAGUCGAACGUCCAGGCCUUCUUGCCCGCCACAAAGAUAACUUGUAUUACCGUUGGGAACGAGAUUCUGGCGCUCAACGACAGCUCUCUUACAGACAAUCUCCUCCCGGCGAUGCAGAGCCUCCAUGGCGCUCUCGUGACUUUGGGGCUUGACAAGCAGGUCACUGUAACAACUGCCCAUUCUCUGGCGAUCCUCGAGACCUCGUACCCACCCUCUGCUGGGGCUUUCCGCCAGGACCUCGUCCCAUGCGUCACUCAGAUCCUCAACUUCCUCUCCAAAACGGGGUCACCUUUCCUAAUCAACGCAUACCCUUUCUUCGCGUACAAGGCGAACCCAAAGCAAGUCCCACUAGAUUUUGUUUUGUUCCAGUCCGCCACUGGAGUUGUGGACCCUGCUACGAAACUCCACUAUGACAACAUGCUCUUUGCUCAGAUUGAUGCGGCUUACUCUGCACUGGCUUCCUUGGGAUUCAAGAAACUCCCUGUUCACAUCUCUGAGACUGGUUGGCCCUCUAAGGGGGAUGACGACGAGGUCGGUGCUACACCAGAGAAUGCAAGGAAGUACAAUGGGAAUCUAAUGAAGGUCUUUUCACAGAAGAAAGGGACGCCAAUGAGACCCAAUGGUGGUGAUUUGAACAUUUAUGUGUUUGCCCUAUUCAAUGAGAACAUGAAGCCAGGACCGACAUCUGAGAGGAAUUAUGGGUUGUUCAAGCCCGAUGGAACUCCUGCUUAUUCACUUGGGAUAACCGGAUAUAACAUCGUCAGUAACACCACAACUGCUGGACCCCCUAGUACAAGCAUUUCUGGGCCACCUCCACCGACGCCACCAGCUCCGACGAGCUCUUCCACUGGUUACUUGUCCAUUUCUUUGAGCCCGGAGAAGCCCCACAAUCAUUUCUGCACUUUAUUCAUUCCAUGCCUGGCUUUGAUUAUGAACCUGCUUUUUCGACAUUGAAUUCAUUGGAACUGGAAUCGCAAAUGCUUUCAAAACAUUGGAUGGAGGGAAGAAAAAGAGGCAAAUAAAAGCAAAACUUCGGGUCCAGGGAAAGGGUGGUGGUGCCUGCGGAAUCAAAAGAGCUGUCAUAGUUUUGGAUGUUUAUUACUAAUAUUCAGUUGAGAGCGUUAGGUCAGAUAUUUAGGACUUGGGGUGUAUCAUUACAUUACCGGACAUCUUGAUUGUCAUCAUUCUUUGCUCUGAUUCUACAAGUAUUUCCUUCAAAUUGUUCCACGGCUCCAA